UUAGCCCGUCUUCUCUCCUCCUGUCUCCCUUUUCCUCUUCACUUAUCUUGCACACUGAACUCUCUCUCUCUCUCUCUCUCUCUCUCUCUCUUGCUGGGAAGGAUGCUUUGCAGCAGGAAAGUGAUGAACUUCUUCGUAAGAAAAGAUGUCAAAAGAUUUCUCAAGCGAAAGGACAGUGACGCCAGUGAGAGAGGCAAAAGGUUAGAAGAUCUUAGAGCUUCUCUUUUCAAUGAUCUACGAACAUCUGAAGGCGCAAAGCGAUUACAGCAGAGGAUAUGUGGCCCUACAGUUGCUUUAACAUUCAAUUUCUGGGUUUCUGUUUGUAUCAUUCUGAUGAACAAGCUGGUCCUUGGAAAAAUUGGUUUCAAUUUCCCGAUAUUGCUUACCUUCAUCCACUACAGCCUGAGUUGGUUUUUGAUGGCCAUUAUGAACGCAUUCUCCUUCCUUCCAGCCUCCCCUCCUGCAAAGUCAUCCCGUUUCUUUGCUCUGUUAACUCUUGGCAUAGUCAUGUCUUUCUCUACUGGUCUCGCAAAUGUCAGCUUGAAGUACAACAGUGUGGGCUUCUAUCAGAUGACCAAGAUUGCUGUGACCCCAACUAUUGUUUUAGCCGAGUUUGUGCUCUUUACGAAAACUGUUUCUUUUAAUAAGGUAAAGUUCUUCACUUAUGAAACAGUGUUUGCGUAUCAAGUUCUGACACUAACAAUAGUAUCAAUUGGAGUUGCUGUUGCAACAGUGACAGACCUCGAGUUUCACUUAUUUGGAGCAAUCAUUGCUUUGGCAUGGAUAAUUCCAAGUGCCGUCAACAAAAUACUUUGGUCCAAUCUUCAGCAGAUGGAAAACUGGACAGCUUUAGCCUUAAUGUGGAAGACAACCCCAUUGACACUUAUCUUUUUGGUGGCUUUGAUGCCCUGGCUUGACCCUCCUGGCGCUCUCUCCUUCAAUUGGGACUUCUCCAACACAUUGGUUAUUUUUCUCUCAGCUAUUCUUGGUUUCCUGUUACAGUGGUCAGGUGCAUUGGCUCUGGGGGCAACGUCUGCAGUCUCCCAUGUUGUUCUUGGGCAGUUCAAGACUUGUGUUAUCCUCCUUGGAGGUUUUCUUCUCUUCAAUUCUAAUCCAGGAAUUUUAAGCAUCUGUGGAGCUAUUAUUGCUCUCGGGGGUAUGUCAUUCUACACUUACCUAAACAUGCUAGCUUCUCAUCAACAAGCAGCCAAGCCAACAAACCGACAAUCAUCAUUUCCUUUAAUGAAACCUAAGCAUAAUAAAGAAAGUGGUGAUGCUCAUGAUGGAGAUUUAGUGAUGGAGCCUGUCUGAGGAUCUGCAUAUAGUUUGGAAGCACUUACAACUUUAAGGAUACAUAUCAAUCUAAGAUGAUUGGUUGUGAAAAUCAGAAAGAGAAAGGGUGAGAGAAACCAACUCAAGUUUUCUUUUGUAUUAAACAUUUAAUUCCAACAUUUUUCCUUGUUGCAAUUUCUGAAAUUGCAGAAAUAGUAGAAGCUACGACUCUGUACUCAAAGUUGUAUUUACAUUGUGUAUUAAGUGCGCUGUUCUUUUAUUCUGAUUGAGGUUACAAAUGCAUCUCUUUAGAAAGUAAGUUUUCACUGUACAUUUGGUGUAAAUAAUAUUAAUCAGUAUUGAAUGCAGGAUCCUUUAUUCUUAAA